AUGUCGCCUGCGACUGCUGCGGAUCUCCCGCCAGAGCUCAUAGACGACGUCGUCCGAUGGUUCUGCUGCGACAAGUUGCAAAACUUAGGCCUAUACGGAGAUUGGCUUGGCGCAUGCAAACAAGAGCUCGGCCUGUUCAGUCUUACAUGCCGCCACUGGGCACGCCGUUGUCGGUUUCAUAUCUUCCAAGAUCUCACGCUUCGUACGCGCGAGGAUCUAGAUACGUUCCUCGAGUUCAUUGAUCCUCCAGUGAAAGUCAAGCCAACGAUGAUAGACUGCCUUCUACAACUCAACAUCAGCUACAGCGGACCCUGGUUGGAACCCUGGCUUCAUCAUGUAUACGCUGGAAUGGCCAAGCGCGGAAAAAAAGCGGUCCAAGUGCUUUACGAGCGAGGGAUAGCUCUGCAUCUCAGUGGCGUCUACCGUCGUCAAGAUAGUGUUGCAAACGAUACAUACGCUCCAACAUCUUGGUGCGAAGGCCUCCCAAGGUCGCUCCCGGGCUCCAUGUUCCCCAUAAUCAAGCUCAAGCUCUGCGAUCUACACUUCCACAGCACCAUGGAGCUUCUCCGUCUCGUCCAGAGUAUUCCUGAGCUGCAUGAACUGCACUGCACGAGGCUCAAGUUCGACAGGAACAUGCCGCCGCAGUAUACCAAUCGCCACAGGCGGGCUCAAAAUUUCCUUUAUCUUCUUCAAGUCACGGAGUGCGGCUCCUCCUACGAUGACCUCGACCUUGUUUUCUGGAUCACUCAUGUCCAAGCUCCUCAUGGAUUUUAUAAACCGUUGCUUCAGGGUUCCUUUUCGCAGUGGGAUGUUCUUCAUGAAGUAGCGCGCGCGAUUUGUGGUCCUUCAAUCCUCAAAAGGAUUCGCUUACGCCCACAAAAACUUUUAAACCCCCCUGAAUGCGAUUUAAUCGUCGAGAUGCUAGAGUCGGACGAAGUCACUAGUCACGAAGUUGAAAUCAGUGUGCAGAGCCACCCAGAUAGCAGUGUUUCGGCUGCCAUCAAAUCCAUGGCAUUCAGGUUCUUCCGCCAACUCAAGAUCGACGACGUCUCUUCGAUGGACUGGCGGGCCAUUGAGCAGGCCGCUCUCGAUAUGCGCCCACAGGAAAAAGUGCGCAUCUACGUCUACGGGCUCCCUGUAUUUGAAUGGCUCCUCGACGCUGUAUCGUCCGGGAAGAUCCUUCCUCGGAUUUGCCACCCCCGCAGGGUCGAGAUCCUGUACGGCUCUCCUCUCGUGAAAGGCUUUAUAACAGCCGAGAAGAUCCUCCGCGCUCCCUCAAUUUACUCUGUCGACGGACAGACCGUCCAGUUGAAGCGCCCGCAGAUUAUUCGCCUCGCGGAGUGCGCGGACGAUAAGAAAAAGCAGGCUUUCCUUCGUGAGGUCCUCGCUUCCAGCCAGGAUAAGCUCCAACAGGCGCAGAUCGACCGCGCGCCCACGUCAUCCAGAGGAAUCGCUGUGGUCUUGCCGAACUUACACCCGCCUUGA